UAGUGUCUUGAGAGAAACACCCCUCUCUCUCUACUUAGCUCCAUUUGCUUUGCUCCUUCUCUCUUUCCAUCUUCUUCUUCUCCUCCUUCGAGAGAGCAAAUGAAAAUCCAAACUCUUUUCCCCAACCAUUCUUUCAUGAGAGGCUCUCUCCACUCAGAGGGCUUACCCGUCUAAAAAUCAAACCUUUCCAUUUUCUCAAUCGAUACCCAUUUCUUCUCCAUCUUGCCCUUCCCAUUAUUUCCCUUAAAGCAUCGAUUUUUACUUUCUCGCUGUGUGAUUUCUCGACUUGGAAAUGAUGAUGGCUCAUCAUCAUCACUCCAUGGACGACAGAGACUCUCCGGAUAAAGGAUUCGACUCUGGCAAGUACGUUAGGUACACACCGGAGCAAGUUGAAGCUCUUGAGAGAGUUUACGCCGAGUGUCCGAAACCUAGCUCUCUCCGAAGACAGCAACUCAUUCGUGAAUGCCCGAUUCUCUGCAACAUCGAGCCUCGUCAGAUCAAAGUUUGGUUCCAAAACCGCAGAUGUCGAGAGAAGCAGAGGAAAGAAUCUGCUCGUCUUCAGACAGUGAACAGAAAGCUGAGUGCCAUGAACAAGCUUCUGAUGGAAGAGAACGACCGCUUGCAGAAGCAAGUCUCCCACUUGGUUUACGAAAAUGGAUUCAUGAAACAUCGAAUCCACACUGCAUCUGGGACGACCACAGACAACAGCUGUGAGUCUGUGGUCGUGAGUGGUCAGCAACGUCAGCAGCAAAACCCAACACAUCAGCAUCCGCAACGUGAUGCUAACAACCCAGCUGGUCUUCUCUCCAUUGCGGAGGAGACCUUGGCAGAGUUCCUUUGCAAGGCUACAGGAACUGCUGUCGACUGGGUCCAGAUGAUUGGGAUGAAGCCUGGUCCGGAUUCUAUUGGCAUCGUAGCCGUUUCACGCAACUGCAGUGGAAUAGCAGCACGUGCCUGUGGCCUCGUGAGUUUAGAACCCAUGAAGGUUGUUGAAAUCCUCAAAGAUCGUCCAUCUUGGUUCCGUGACUGUCGAUGUGUCGAGACUCUAAGCGUGAUACCCACUGGAAACGGUGGUACUAUUGAGCUUGUGAACACUCAGAUUUAUGCUCCUACAACAUUAGCAGCAGCUCGUGACUUUUGGACGCUUAGAUAUAGUACAAGUCUAGAAGAUGGAAGCUAUGUGGUUUGUGAGAAGUCAUUAACUUCUGCAACUGGUGGCCCCAAUGGUCCACUGUCUUCAAGCUUCGUGAGAGCCAAAAUGCUGUCAAGCGGGUUUCUUAUCCGUCCUUGUGAUGGUGGUGGUUCCAUCAUUCACAUUGUUGAUCAUGUUGAUUUGGAUGUUUCAAGUGUUCCUGAAGUCCUGAGGCCGCUCUAUGAGUCUUCCAAAAUUCUCGCUCAGAAAAUGACCGUCGCUGCUCUGAGACAUGUGAGGCAAAUUGCUCAAGAGACUAGUGGAGAAGUUCAGUAUAGUGGUGGACGCCAGCCUGCUGUUUUAAGAACUUUCAGCCAAAGACUCUGCCGUGGUUUCAAUGAUGCUGUUAAUGGUUUUGCGGAUGAUGGAUGGUCUCCUAUGAGUAGUGAUGGAGGAGAGGAUAUUACUAUCAUGAUCAACUCUUCCUCUGCUAAAUUCGCUGGUUCUCAAUACGGUAACUCGUUUCUUCCAAGUUUUGGAAGCGGUGUCCUCUGUGCAAAAGCUUCUAUGCUGUUACAGAAUGUUCCACCCCUUGUCCUGAUUCGGUUCCUGAGAGAACAUCGAGCUGAAUGGGCAGACUAUGGGGUUGAUGCCUACUCUGCUGCAUCUCUCAGAGCAACUCCAUUCGCUGUUCCUUGCGUUAGAACCGGUGGGUUCCCGAGUAACCAAGUCAUUCUUCCUCUCGCACAGACACUCGAACAUGAAGAGUUUCUCGAAGUGGUUAGGCUUGGAGGUCAUGCUUACUCACCUGAAGACAUGGGCUUAUCCCGGGACAUGUAUUUACUGCAGCUUUGCAGCGGCGUUGAUGAAAAUGUGGUUGGAGGUUGUGCUCAGCUUGUCUUUGCUCCUAUCGAUGAAUCAUUUGCUGAUGAUGCACCUUUGCUUCCUUCUGGCUUCCGGGUCAUACCGCUUGAACAAAAAACAACUCCGAGUGAUCAUGUAUCUGCGAAUCGAACACGGGAUCUAGCAUCAUCUCUAGAUGGUUCAACCAAAACCGAUUCAGAAACAAACUCCAGAUUGGUCUUGACCAUAGCCUUCCAGUUCACAUUUGAUAACCAUUCAAGAGACAAUGUUGCUACAAUGGCGAGACAGUAUGUGAGGAAUGUUGUUGGUUCGAUUCAGAGAGUGGCUUUAGCCAUUACACCUCGUCCUGGCUCAAUGCAACUUCCUACUUCCCCUGAAGCUCUCACUCUGGUCCGUUGGAUCUCCCGUAGUUACAGUAUUCAUACAGGUGCAAACCUGCUUGGAGCUGAAUCUCAAGCUUGUGAUGGAGACACAUUGCUUAAACAACUCUGGAACCAUGCUGAUGCUAUCUUGUGCUGCUCCUUGAAAACUAAUGCCUCACCGGUAUUCACAUUUGCAAACCAAGCUGGUUUAGACAUGCUUGAAACUACGCUCGUGGCACUUCAAGACAUAAUGCUCGACAAGACUCUCAAUGACUCUGGUCGUAAAGCUCUUUGCUCCGAAUUCGCUAAGAUCAUGCAGCAGGGAUAUGCUAAUCUUCCGGCGGGAAUCUGUGUGUCGAGUAUGGGGAGACCAGUUUCGUAUGAGCAAGCGACGGUGUGGAAAGUUCUUGACGACGACGAAUCAAAUCACUGCUUGGCGUUUAUCCUCGUGAACUGGUCCUUCGUGUGAAGAAAAGGCUUUAAUUAUGUUAGAUAUUGAAGUUAGGAUGGCUGUUUUGGCUAAUGUUUGUGAAAUUAGGAGGGUCAUUAUGUAAUGUGGACAAAUGUGAUGAUAUAUGUAUCUUGAUCAAAUUAUGACACUA